AUGCUGCGAAGGGUUCUCAGCAGUUUGCUUGAAAGAGUUAUUGGAUCGUAUGUGGAGGACGUUAAUAGCGAGAAACUUUCAAUAGGCCUAUUGAAUGGGAACCUGGCUUUAAACGAACUGACCUUAAAGAAGGAUUCAUUACACACGCUUCUAAAUCUUCCCCUUGUUCUGGAGCAAGGCACUGUGGGAAAGAUAUCUGUUCACAUACCAUACACCCAUCUAUGGAGUCAACCCUGGCAAUUAGUGGUGGAGAACGUUGAUUUAGUGGCCCAUCUCUCCGCUGCUGAAUUGAGCCGCCGGGUCCCCGAACAUCGGAUAGGUGACGCGGAUCAGCUGAAUGGGACUUCUGACAACAAGUUCAGCGGAAACGACAACGGUAGUUCUAGCAAUUCCUUUGAUCACAAAGGCUACUUGGCUCAAAUGGAGCAAAAAUGGUGGCAGACCAUCCAAAAUUACGGCGUUAAUGAUACGACCGCCCUAGCCGCUGUGGUCGCCAUGAACUCCAAUACUGAUUCUUCUUGGUGGUCGUAUGUCGCAUCGUUCGGGUAUGGUAUUGUCCGAAGCAUUCAAGUCGAAAUCCACAAUGUCAAUCUGCGCAUUGUGGACCGUUCGCUUGCUGUUGGCGGUCCAGAUAUAGAUCCACUGACUUCUUCCUUCGGUACAUUUACGCUCUCCUUACAACAUCUGGUCAUCAGAACUCCGGACGAGUCUAAGGCUGAUUUGGAGUCGAAGCUGAUCAUGAUGGACAGUCUAUGUGUCUCAUGGAGCGAAAUGCUGUCGCCAACUUUGGCAACCGAACUUACUCAGGGCAAGUCGUCCGGUUUCGCAGCACCUGCUCUCUACGUGCUUCCUCCUAGUUCACUGACAGGGCAACUCAGACGUAACCGACAUCCAACAAACUCCGAUAUUUCUAUUGUGGAUGAGAGGACACGGCAGCACAGCGUCCAAAUCGAAUUCGAUGCAUGCUUCGGUGACUUACAGCUACAGCUCUCCCGCGAUCUUUGCAUAGCCACUGUUCACCUGGCCGAGUUAAUGGCUCACGAACAAAACCUAAAAGAACAGUUUAGCCGUCGUCCGAAUGUUCCCGUCUACCGCAACACACAGAAAUGGUGGCGAUAUGCUGCUGGUGAGAUUCGUCCUCCUCUCCGAUCGUAUUUUAACGCUACCAUGCACACCACCUUUGAAGCGCUCGCUGGUGAGGCGAAACUUAAUGUUCGUUAUGUGAACGCCUAUACAAACUAUUUGGUCCGAGGCUUAAUCGAUGCUUCAGAAGUGCCCUCGGGUGCUGAACAAGAGGCGGUUAGUGCAGCCGGUUCGGAUCUUCGGGCAACCUCAGAAGACUCUGAUGAUAAUUUCCGCAGACAAGCCGAUCACCAAUGGCCUGUCAGCAGGAUUGCUACUCUUCGUUUGGUGGCGAUGCGCCGCGCAGCUGCCACUUUACAGAAGGGAUUGAAACCACGCUUCCCAUCUACCUCUGACCGCCUUUCACCGGAUGAACUUGCAUCGCCCAUGGGUUUGUCUUCAUCCAUUCCACGACGGAGUUUCACAGAGAGCGCAGAGUCUUCAUCCACUUCCUUAGUGCCACCUGCCUCAGUCGCUUCUGGUACUAUGUCUUGGUAUGCUUGGUGGCGCUACUCAUCACUUUUGGGUAUCCGUUCAUUUUGGUACGGGUCGGAGCCGGACGCUAUCCAACCCGUUAGCGAGUCACUUGGCAAGAACAAGUCGGAUGAAGCCCGUCCCUCCCUCCGAGAUGCUGUCUUCGAACUGUUGGAUGAGCUGGCGAUUACGUCAGACAAGUGGGAUCCUAGUGGUCCCCCGGACUUUGCCAAUCCUUCAGAUGUGGAGACUAAUGUUGUUUUCAAGGUGACCUGUCGAGUGGAUGGAUGCAGUUUUCGCCUUACGGACGACGAUACUUCUGUUACGGGACCGGGCGGCUAUAUUCGUUCGGCCUUCGUAUCCAUAUCCGGUCAGCGUAUGGUGUUCACUUUGGAGGCUGAACCUUGGCGCCGUUCAGCCCACUUUGCCGCUAGUGUAGAGUCGUUCACCGUACGCGACGAGCGCCACAGUCGCAUGAGCUCACACAUGACCGAGGUCAGUGGCACAACUGCUCCUUGGUGCUCGCGCUCAGUCUUCCCAUUUGUUGUUUUCCCUCGAGUCGUGGUCCCUAAAUCACCGCAUUUCGCCGCCGCACCUAUGGUGACGCGACCGACUUCGGCCCAGUCUUCGGGGUCAACAAUUAGCGGACUUUUUUGGUUGGUGUACGAGAUACUUCCGUCCGAUGCUGAUUUUGAUUUCAGCCUAGAAAUUAAGACGGAUCCUCUCCACGUCGUAUAUCAACCGGAGUUGAUCAAAUGUGUACUAGAUUUCACCCAUGCGGUAUUGUCAGCUGCCUCUCCUGGGCUUGAAUCCUCCGCUCGCCAGCAGUACCAGUCCAUCAAGGAGCGUACGCAAGCCAACAUCCGGGCAUUUCUGGACGACACAAAGCAGUCUUCAUCCUCUGCUGGCACGCCAGAACGAAGCGCUACGCGCUGUUCCUCGCCGUCUUGGCUGUUGUCUUCCGCCAUGCCGCCGUCACAACGGAAGCCACGUCGCUGGAAACUGAACCUAGACAUCUCCGCUCCACGCUUGCUUUUACCCGACUACAAUGUCCACUUCGCAGCCUGCUCGUCUAAUGAAUCAUCACAUCCUUCCAUCAAUGGCUUGCUUUGCAAUUUUGGUCGACUAAGGAUUCACAAUUGGCCCGUAGACGAUUCCUUUCAGAAACCUGGGGAGUUGAAGGAACCUGAUCGCAGCACGGAUAGCCGCGAACACGACGUUGAAGACGAUGUGUUCCUAACCCCAUGCGGUUCUCCAGCCUCACAGUCAGAUGCCGAAGAGGAACCAGUGGCCGACCCACCGAAUGCUGUCAUUGGAACGUGCGAUUCUGCUGAGGUUGUGUCAUCGCCUUCCUCUCCUGAGUUUUAUGAAUCAUACGCGCUCUAUCUGGAUGAUAUACACGCCGUGGUCGGCACGUUGGACGUGUUCAAGCAACUGGGUCUGUGGACUGAUCCGGUUGAGUCCGAACAUCACUCUGAUGAUCAAAAGUCUUCCACUUCCAGCGGCGGCCCGCCAGUCAUUCACAUCACAACUUCCAGACUAAUGGCCCAGUCCUGUUUGGUCGAUCGACUCAACUUGCACAUGCUCAUAAGUCGCCGCAUGAUUUCACUUCAUGACUUGAUUUCUCGUCUAGACCCAUCCGUCACACAAGCAGCAGGCUAUCCUCCAUCCUUGUGGAUCACACUGAAGGUAGAACGGUGUGUUCUCCGCUUGUCCGAUUCCAAACUGGCCAAUUUACUCAAAUGCCUCCAAACCAGUAGACCGCCAUCCACAAGCAACCAGACACCCAAGUUACCCAAAAAAGGAAUUCCGACUGAUCACUCGCACACUUCGUCCAGGCAGACAAGACGUCCUUUUGUCCGAAUCAAUCCUCCUUCCCUCAAGCGUUGUAAACUUAAAUGGACUCACUCACCCCAGAAACCCUCUACUUCUAUUUUGGGACUGCGGAAGCGACUCAUUACUGUCCUCGAAAUUAAGGAACUGAUUGUGCAAUUAGAAAAUAAAGGUUGUAGCACUGCCGAGUGCCGUAUCGAAGGUGCCACAGCAACCUGGAUCCGCUUAGCUGGUCGUGGCGCCGGUUACCAAGGUCGUUUCACUUUGCGUGGCCUUUCUGUAGCUGAUGCCACUGCGAAUUUCGGAGGGGAUUACGACAUGCUUGUGACAUCACACCGAAACUUUCGUUUGAAUUCACAUGGCCAAAUGGAAGUGCUCUCAAACGAAUCUGUGCCCUGCUCACCACGUGUGAAUUCUGCUGGCGCUCCGGGCCAUUUAGAUCCAACCUUUAUAUUCUGUUUGCACCCUCCGGAAGGCCACUCCUCACCAGUCUUCCAACUGCCUUUUGAAUCGGGUCAUCGGGGGAAGGACGUUUUGCAGCUGUACUUCGAUUGGAAUCCAGCGAGCACUUUCUCUGAUACCGUUACCGCUGUUUCUGGAAUGCGAACUGUACACCUACACUUGGACCGCUUGGAUAUUGUCUUUAAUCUGCAUACGCUGCGAGAAAUCCAGCAGUGCCUCUCGCAUAUGUCUGCGCUGGCCACUGCGUUCUCCAACCCAGGGGGAGAGAUGGACGAUGCUCCAAGCCCUAUCCACGAUGUCCCAGGCAAUCAUACUGCAAUACGCACUAAGCUGUGCGUUGGUGAGCUCAACGUCCUUAUCAUUCGCGUGCUUCACAAUUCACACACACUAGCUGAAGGCGAUGAGGACAAGGGAGUCGAGCGCGCCGAGCGCAUUCUCAUGGUUACCUUCCAAAGAAUACAUUACUCCUCUUUUCUUGCUUUAUCUCGCCGCACUCGCCUUCAGCUCUACGGCAUUGGUGUCUCCAACACACAGCAAUCAACCAUGCAUCCUUAUCUACUCCACGCUGGUCAAGUGUCGCGUUCACAUGAGUGUGAUGCUUUGAAACCAUCGCCAAUACCAGCCAUCUCUCUCAACCUGUGUUGGAAGCCCUCAGCAAGCCAUUUGUGGAUCCCAACUACUAUACAUGGCAUUUGCGACCACUUUACCUACGUCCAUUGCCCCGCAACAGUCGCUAAGGUAUCAGCUUGGAUGGAGCAGCUCCCUUCUGCAGAAAGCUUGAGUACCGUUUCUGCGCCAAAAGUUAAAGUAGGAGGGUUUCCCUCUUGCAUCUUCUCGCUACAGCCUCGGAUAACUUUCACACUCUUUCACACUACAUUCCUCCUCCCGAACGGUGCCGUUUCGUGCAAUGACGUGCUGCUAGCUCCCAUGGGUUAUGUACAUGUGACCAACGCAGACCGCUUCUCCUCGCUCCCCAUCUGCGCGACUGAUUUCUCGACUCCCAAACAGUCUUUGACGUUACAUGUGAAGGAUGCGGCGUUAUACUCUGCUGACCUUGGUAAACUGGUGAAGCUCCAUCCACCAAAAUUGAGUAUAGCGCCAGCUUGGCUGCGCAUUAUCCCAUCUCUUACGCCGCAACACAAAGCAGUUGAUUGCGUUCUGUCACCAACAUCCUUUCGUCUGCAACUCACAUCUAUUCUGGAUGACACCAUCGAUUGCCCCAGAUGGAAGUUGUCCCACGAGAAGGACGUGACUGAGUUCAUGGCAAAAGUGGCUUCCUCGACAGUCGCGAUCCCACCCGCACAGAUUCCCACGACGGAAUCGUGGGAAUCUCUUAUACAGCUCCAGAGUUGGUUCACAUGUCCUGUUCGCCUUCGUCUCACACAGCAAGUUUGCACUCAAAUUGUCCAGACACUGACUCACACAUUUCAAUCACAAGUUGCUACAUCACUCUUUUCGGAUGGCUAUUCUGAACCUAUCACGGCCGAUUGCGCCAACGACGAUGUUACUUACGAGACCAAACAGGCGGUGUUUGUGGCCGCGUCUGGUCCCCCGCUUUCGUGGCGCAUGUGGCUACACUCACUACAUGUGGAUAUCAUGGCUGAUGUGGACAUCUGUCCAGUUUCUCUUGCGCGCCUUGAAAUGCAAUCCGUCCAUUUUAGUGGUACUCGUGAUCCUGCUGGUGACUCUAUGGCACGCAUGUUCGGUCGAAUAACCAUCGGCUCUGUCUGUUUGGUCAAUUUGCUUCCACCAGAACACGACCACGAGGAUAAAAGGCCCAUAUCACAGGCGGUGCUUCUGUCUAUCACGUCAGCUGAUUCGUCACAGUAUGCAACCCCUCCUCGCACUCUCAACCCUGUUUUCUGCUCUCUUUCCAGUCUGAAAUCAGCACCGAUGAGUGACGACGAGGGCAUCACUAACCGAGGUCGGGCAGCAAGGGAUUACAAGUCUGCGCGACACAAGCAACGCUGUUUGUCUCGGUCCCAGUCAGCACAUGAGAUAUUAAAUCAUCGUAGCACCCAAAACUAUCCUGAGGAUCAGCCGUACUGCAAAACUCCAAGUCAAGUGGCCACCGGAUUAGAACUUCUUUCUUAUACCCCAUCUGAGGUACUCCCUGAAAGCACUGAGCAGUUCGUAAAGGCAAAAUAUUUCAGCCAUUUGGACUGUACUCAACUGUCGUUCCGCUUGUGUCCACAGCCAUGGGUCCUGAUUUUGGACUUCUUGCGGUCGUUUUUUUCCACCGUGUCUCACUCAUCUCCAACCGAUACUAAAACUGCUAGCAUCUGCUCGUACUCUAUGCAUUCAGCUUACAUUGGCAAUGCCCGCUUUAUUCUCAAUGCUAACCAAGACGAGUCAGCUGAUAUUGUUGAGUGUGUACUGCAGCCGGUACACCUGCGCUACCUCGACUGUGUGGACCGAUUCGACCUGCACUUACCUGAGCACAGACAAUUAACUCCCGAAGGUCUGCUCGGCCCAUGCAGCGUGCUGUCAUGUGAGAUGGGCGAUCUGUCUAUUCGUGCGCUCCUGCCUCAAGAAUCCACUCUAUAUGCUGUGCGCCUAUGUUCUAAGCGUCCCGUUGACGGAUCGGAAGUGAAAAACACACAUCACUUCGCACGUUCGUUCACUCUUUGUCUUGUCUGUUCGGCAGCGGUCGAUGGUGUAUCACGUACCAUUCAGGACACAUAUUUUUAUGCUCGUAUGGCUCCCCUACAAUACGUGCACACUCAUCCCUUCGCACUCUGUAUACUGGACAGCCUGAAUUCGUUCUUACUUCAAAAAAAUUUUCUUUUUCACAUUCGGGACUCUAGCCUUUGUCCUAAGGUCUCUAGCAUCGCUCACCGAACUCCUCAAAUUUGGCUGGACGUCAUAUUCUCAGAACCUUCCAUCGUCUUGCCUGUAAGUCCACAUUCAGCAGAGGUACUGGUGAUUUCCGCCACUCGACUGGCCAUUAUCAACCAGUGCCUGAACGUUGACAGCUGCUCCUAUUCUGCGGACCAACUACCUUUCGUGCUCCGGGACGCCGAGGAUAUAUCACCGAACAGCCGUUGCGUGUUUUGCGAAUCGAAUUCAGUUCGAAGCACCCAUGGAUCUGUGGAGCCUGGACAUAGACCGGAUGGUAAAGCUAGUGAGGCGCCUUCAUCUGACUUCUGUCUCGUAGACCGAAUACGCCUGUGCCUGAGUGGUGCGUUUGCCUAUCACGCAAAGCACCGUUUCACAUCACCCCCAGAAACUAUAUCAGGCCCUCACAUUUCCUCAAACGCACCGGAUCUUCGUUUACACUUUCCGGAUUACACUGUGCAACCAUCUGUGUGUCAGCGUGGCUCACAAGCUCUUCUGUUCGACCCUACUGAUCUACAGCUCUUAAUUGAACGAAACUUAUCCAGCGCCCAUUCUCACCAACUACCUAACUGGCGCAUAUCCGCACCGUUACACGGGUCGGACAUUCGACUGAGUCCCCAUGCGUACCGCGCGGUGCGGGGUCUCUUGAGUUACAAUUUCGGCGGCAUUCUUGGGGAUGAUCUGGAGGAUAUGGGCACCAUCUUUCCCGACGGAUUCCCUCUGUCUCCUGGGGUGUCGGUUCCCGUCGGUUCCUUUCCAUCUUUCUUUCCUCCUAAACCCAACAUCCAGACUGCAAUCAUUAAUGUUCCUUGGGUUGUGUGGUCAUUCGAAAUUCCACUGGACGAAGUUCGUUUGAUUAUUUUGGAAGACAACAGCGCUAACAAUCAAGAAUGGUGUCACUUCGAAUUCCAGAGGGGAUACUUUUUCUACGAUAAGUUGUCCAAUCAACGUUCCACUGCUCAGUUGAGUUGUCCAACACUUCGGUUGGUCAAAUAUCAGUCGCCAAGCGGCGGUGAUCACUUGGUGUUUGGUCCCACCUUCACACCACAUCUCAAUGGGACUGUUGGAACGACGGGACCAUCUGCGUUUCGUAUUCGCUACUCCUCCUCUCCGUUCUCAUCUACUCUGUCGGUGUGCGUACGUUCAAUGGAGUUGCAGUUUCACUACGCCUUUCUAACUCAUUUGCUCGACGUGAUUUGCACCGCACCGAUUUGUCCCCCCAACGCCCUCCAACAGAUGAGGCGAAUCGACUCUGGAUCCACGACACCACUGGAGUAUCAACUAUGCUUUGAGGACUGCACGGUGGUCCUACUCAUGAAUCCUUCAGUCGUCUCUUCCAACGCCGUCUUGUUACGCGCAACUGCCUUCAUCGCCCGAUCUCAAUCCAUUGUGACUUGUUCGGCUUGUGUGCCUUUCACACAAGUCUGCCUGCACACUCUUCGGCUCUCCACCCAUACCUCGCCCUCAACUCCCUCCACCUUGGGCACUUUCCUCCGCUUGCGUUCGGCACAACUACGACUAUCCUCUUCAGCCUCAAUUCCGCAACCUACUAAGACUUCAGCGAGCGACUUACAGAAAUCAAACUUGCCCAGCGGUCUUCUCACCAACACCUUUGGCGCGACGCGACUCUGUGCAGACUUAUCGGCUCAACGACAACAGCAUCCCCCACAACCUCCCAAAUUUGAACUACUUUUCUCAACCUCCAACAUAUCUGUCGCUCUAUCUCCAUCGAUUAUAGAAUUGCUUACUCGUCUUCUUCGGUCGCUUGCUGACCAAUGUACGCAGUCUUACGCGUGUGAAAGUCGUUCAUAUAGCUUCGAGAUCAAUGGUCAUUUCGACGGAAAUUCAGCCACGGAUGCAAAUAGUACGAGUAGUGGUCAUUUACUAAAUCGAUUCCUCCGGCUACCGGAGAUGUUCAUUGACUUCGUGUCCCCUCUUGUACAUACACUUCACUUCAACUCCGUGGUCAACUUGCGUCUCUUUGACACUGACUAUGGUACACUAAUCCCUUUGUUCGAGGUGUUGCUCAAAGAUUUCAGGUUCACCUGGCUUCGUUCUCAGCCACCUUCCAUCGCAACAUUGAACACCGCAGGAUUAUCAGUCAAUUACUACAAUCGUGACCUCAUGGCUUGGGAACCCGCUAUCGAACCCUGGGACUUCUCUCUUCACUGGAGUCGGCCGAAAACCAACGCCUGUCCACGAGUUACCGCCAUCGCCUUCCAUUCCGACAAAAUCUUCAACUUCAACCUAACUCUCUGUUUGUUGCUACUGAUGCGGCGGUUGGUGGCCAGAUUUAGCCAGGGACAUGCUGAUACAAUCGUCCCCGGAGCAGGAAGUUCAGAUUCCGAAACUGGCAAUGUGGUCUCAAACGGGUCACCUGAGCAUCCUUACGACAGUCAACCGAAGGUCUCAGCACCGUUCCGUCUUUACAAUCGGACUGGCAGUACCGUGUGGUUCAAGCUCCUUCCUGCAGAUGAUGCAGCUAACCUUCCCGAAAUCGAAGGGAAAUCGGGUGUAACUGGGUCGAGAAAUCAAUGGCAUCGCCUUGAUCCUCAGGCGGACACCGGGGACUUGCUGCAUGUCACUGCAUUGAACUCACAGUCCCACCCAGAUUCUUUAUCCGUGUACAGGAACACACCACCCAAGCUGCUCGUUCAAGUAUCUGGCUGGAGGCCCACUUAUCCCAUUGCAGUGGAUCGCUUGGGCAUAUACUUCCGGACACUGGAGCGAGAUCCUACAGUCGAUAUCGCAUUUGAGGACAAGCACUUCGUGACUGAUGCUCAGUUACCAUCGUUUACUCGUCUCAUUAUCGAGGUCUUACUUUCCGACUCUCCUGUCCAACACCUUGUUGUGCUACGCUCCGCGCUCACCAUUACCAACGACCUCUCUGAUGGCCACCAACUUCUUGUGGGUUUGCAGCAUUCCUCCUCUACGUCGACCGCCCAGGGUGACAUGACGUGGUCUUCUCAGCUGUGUGAACCGAGCGAACUGGUACAGCGUAUACCCCUGGUUCUCAUUCCAUCCGGCCAGACAUCUGCCCUCCCACUCACUUGGGCCGCUCUUCACUCCACCGGAUUCGGUACACUCUGUUUUUGUCCCACAUUGAUUCCCACCACUCCGAACCACGGUGUCUCCUCUGUUGUUGGGAAUUACGCCACCCGCCGUUACGCAACUUAUGACUGGGCCGCAGUAUGCCUGCCCAACGUGACCGACGUCGGCUCUGACAGCGGCAGCGGACGUGCAUCUCUGACACCCACGUCUGCUCACACAGCUUCCAAUUUCUCAUUGGAGCUGGACACUACAAGCACCACCAGACAUUUGGAUUGGACUCGAUUAAAACAACCAGGUGAAGUGAUUGAAGCCAACCUUCUUUGUCGCAGCGGAACGGCAACCAGCCAGAUUGGUUUAAUCCAUGCGACUUUGGAUAAUUCAUCUGUAUUGCCUUCUCUGGAGGGUGAUCACGAUGAAGGUUUGACCACCUCCUUACCACCUCUUCGCUGCACCAGCAAUCCACCUCGGAAUGGCAGUGGCGGCGUUUCUCCGCGCUAUCAUAUGAGUCUAGUCAUCGUCCGCGAUCAUUUCCCUCUGGAUCCCCUGUGGGUCGGUGUACCCGGAGCUGAGCAUCUCCCUCACCCAAAAAGCCUUCCUGGGCAUCAUAUCACUGUAUCUCCCAUAAUACGUAUAACAAAUUUGUUGCCUUGUGAACUUACCUAUUUUUUUGCCGACACCUCCGUACGUGGAUCUCUGGCCGCUGGUCAUGACGCAUGUGUGCAUGAGUUGCCACCGGCGGAGACACUUCGUUUCGGCGUGUAUCUGGAUGGGUUUCCCAAAUGUGAGCCCCUCGAUAUCCCACCGAAUACGUACGACCGCAAAGUCCUAUUGAGACUUCAAGAUCCUCUGGGCCGACCCUUAGAAUUGCAGUUGCGUGUAAUCUCACGUUCCGGUGCCGCCCGACACUUGACAGUGAGUGCUGUCAUUUGGUUACUGAACGAUUCUGGUCUGCCACUUGUGUUUGCUCAAUCCUCUUCCUUCUUGGAAUCAUCCUCCAAUGUGGCCGCCGGACAAUACGGGGAACAUGAACUGGCUCGUUCCGUUUGUCCUCUUCUCUUCUCAUUCGCCAACAAACAAGAUGGCUACUUGCUUCGUGUUCGAAUUGGCCGAGGCGCUCACUGUGAUCCAUCUGAUCUCAAUUCCGGUUCAAUACGUCGGGAAAAGCGAUCAGACUAUUACCCCGUUUGGUCUCCACCCAUUUCUUUAGAUAAAUCUGGUGUGGAUAUGCUGCAGCUGAGGGUAUUGGACUCCUCAAAACGCCCGGCACUGGUGUACCAUGUCGGCUUCGAAGUACGUCCUGGUCGGGGUCGACAUGCCGUUACCACAAUCGUCACUUUCAAACCACGUUACAUCGUCGAGAACCGAAGCGGUGUCAGAAUGGAUCUUACUCAACGACGCUGUCUGCAGACUCGCACCGGCGACUCAGCCAUUGUCACGCUGGAUCAUGGAUGCUCUCAGGCGUUCCACUGGCCUCGUGAUGACCUCGACCGCUUGCUGUGUCUUCGUGUCGAUAUGGCAUCUGAAGCUGAGGCUCUUGCGGAUCAACACAAAUCUCUUUGGUCCGGUGGGUUCCAAAUCGACCGACCGCACGCGUUCACCUUGAUGCUAAAUUUUCCAAGCAUCAAUGAUUUGAAGGGGAGCCCGGGGCAGCGUUAUACACCAAGCACAUCGAUAAUCGCAGAUCGUUUGCUUGUUCGUGUGGUGGUCGUUUUGCGUGAAGCCACAUUCCAUGUGCUCAUUCAAGAUGCCAACGCUUUGCCUCCUCCGUUCCGUUUGGAAAACAUGAGCCCCGUGGCAUUGUUUUAUCAACAAAUCACUUCCACCCUAAUCUCUCCACUUGGGCUCUCUCAUGCGGUUGUUCCCAACGUCGGGCCACCACUCACUCAUCGGUCUUCUCAGUCUAGUCAAUCUAUACUCGAUGCUUCCUUGUCUGAACACUUUCGCGACUCCGUUGACUCUACAAAACGCGCUACAUCACGCGAAUGUACGCAGAACGUUUGGUCCGGGGGAGCUGUUCUCUCAUAUUUGAGUCCACAAACCUCGGUUCCUUACGCCCUAGAGGAACCACUCUAUUCCCCUUCGAUUAUGCUACGCGUGCAGGGUGGCACUAGCGCCUCUUAUAACCUGGAACAAGCGGGCUCGAUGGACCCUCUAAUGUACGACAACUUUGUUUACCUUACAGUGAUUGGUCCCCUGACCGAUGGGAAUACUUCAUCUUGUAGAUCCGACAGUUUCUCGGGUGACAUCGUGUUUGACGUCAUGCCAAGUUCCAAUCGCGUGGUAUAUUCCUCAAGAAUCCCUGGUCGUCGUUCUCAACUUUGGUGGCUUUCGGAUUCUGGCUUCGUUUGCCAUGAAGGCAGUUCCUCUCCAUUGGAGCCGGGAGAGCGCGCAGGCCGGAAACGCCAAUCUGGUCGCCAGUUCGUAUUAGACCUUGAUGUGACCGCUCCCUCAGACGGUCGUAGUGGACACGCCUUCGCCAUGGACCCUGAUACCGAAAGACAAUUCGAAGUGGCCCAACUAACUGUUGCGCCACUAAAUAAACGACGAAAGAAAUUCCAAACUUGGCGCAUUGAUCAGCAUGGCCUUCUCGUCAACGACGCCCUCUUCUGCGUUCAAGUCUAUCGGGAACAGUCCUCUGCCAACGCUGUGAUCGACUAUGUGGGCACUCCCAUAUUGGUAGCCCGGCCUCGGGUGUCCGCCACACGCCUUAUCAGUCCCAUGAUCACACCGGCAAUCAUAUUCCCUCUUUGGUUGCGGCCUGGAUCCGGCAAACUACGCGUAUAUCUCUAUCUGGACGGGGUUACUCGUGUACUGCGCAUCGAGGAUGAGGCUGAUUCGUUUGCGCCAUCAGUACGCGCGAACGUGAGUAGCAGUGUCCUUUCUCACACGAACUCAGGCAAAGUAGUUCCAUCGUCCAGAUGGAGUACCCUGAGUCACGCAGGCUGCCAACCCUCACUGACGAAUCCACAAUCCACCACACUUGCAAUGCAACCCAAUGCGUCGAUUGAUCAUCAGUGGUCUGAGCUCGCUUGCGACGAUUCGCAGUUUCGGAUCAUGGUCUCGCUGCCUGCUGGCAUCGGAUGCAGUAUCAUUUCAGCAUUUGCCGAAGAGUUGGUCUACGCCUCGUUCGUAAACGUCCGCUUGUCCUUCCUUCGGGCUUAUUCACUUGACCCACUCAUCCAUCCACGUGAGUGGUCCGGCAACUUCAAUGUGCCUGUCCAGCCUGAUGGACUGCACCAUGCCACUGGUGUACUGGCCCAGUCAAAUCCAACGCAUGAGACUGAUGAUCAGCUUCAAGAGGAUAUCGAUACCGACCCAAGCUCACUUCUUGACUGGGUCACAUUGCAUUCCAACACUCGAGGGUUUACAACGUCAAAUUCUCUGUCCGAUUUUGUGGGGCUGGAUAUCGAACAUAUCCAGAUAAAUAAUCAGCUUCCCGGUGCAACCCUACCGGUGUUGCUGUUCACAAACACCAGAACCGCGUCUACCCAUAGUCGUGGCGCCUCAGGUAUCCACAAGAUUCAUCGGAGAGUCAUCGAAGGUCGACCAGUCACAAAUGUUGUCGAUGCCCCAUGCACCUUAACAGUGGCAUUUCAACGCGAGGUACAAUCCCAUUGGAAGGUUCAACUCUUUAAAGCUUUCCAGGUAAAUGUUAGUCCUGUUAUUAUUCAAGCCGAGGAGUUACUGUUGCUGAAGCUUAUUCAAUUCUGGCAACACACCACGGGCGCGCUUCUUGCGACUGCUACGCCCUCCCAAGAUUCGUUGGAUGAGAACGUUACCAUAAGGACAUAUUCAUCAACUCCGAUGGACAAUGGUCACCUCCUCUGGUUCGAUCGAUUGUUCAUCAGUUGCAUCCCUUUGCGACUGAGUGUGCAAACUGCGAAACAAUCUUUAACUUCCUCCAAUCUGGCCGGCGCAAAGCGCCUUUUGCCUUCUUUAAUGAGCUUCUCUAACGCGGACGUACAAUUAGAACCGCUCCGGUGCUCACAUAUCCUCGAAACAGGUUCAUAUCUUUGUACGCAUUUGAUUACUCACUACAAACUGCAACUGCGCGCUCAUGCGGUUCACAUCUUCGGAUCUGUGGACUUCUUGGGUAAUCCGAUCGGUUUGAUCAACGACUUGACCUCUGGCAUCUCUGGUUUGGUGGAACUAGAUGUGGGUAGCCUGAUUCGCCAUGUGGCACAUGGCUUUGGUGAUAGCACGGCCAAAGUGGCCGGUAGUUUUUCGCAAUUGCUCAACGCCAUAUCAUUAGAUGAACAGCAUCAGUACAAACGGGCUGCUAUACUCGGUGGGAUUCCAGACUCCUCACCACUAAUUCCUCAGCGUAGUACAUCACAGGCUUCACAUUCGUACGCACAAUCCCAUCCAACCGGCGAUCGAUUGGCGACAGAAGAUUUGGAUGAAUUCGAAAUCGCCGACAAUAGCGCAUUGGUGCCAGCCUUGUCCGUGGACUCGAGCAAAGCGAUUGCUCCGUUAACAGCCGGUCUCCGAGGAUUCAUGCACGGUUUCGUCGGUGGUAUGACCUCCAUGGUCACGCAGCCCUACAAAGGAAUCCAAGAAGAUCAAUUCAAAGGUUUCGUUUACGGUCUAGGCAGGGGCUUACUUGGCACCGUGACCAAACCGCUUGGCGGCAUCCUGGAUUUAGUCUCCGGUGCGAUGACCAGCUUGAGUGAAGUCACUCGGUUUUCAACACAUGCCCAUCCUCGUCGUCGGCGCCCUCGGCGUUCUGGUCUUUCGAGCCAUGCACUGCAGCCGUUAUCAGCUUACCAACUGGAUGAGGCAGUCGCUCAACUCCAGCUGCAUCGUCUAACGCUGUUCACCACCGCACGUCAGACAUCUCGCGUUACCGUUCUAACGCCCUUGUUGCCUCCUGAAUGGUUGGAAAUUGGAGAGGAGGUUCAUGUAGACAGCGAAGAGGAAGAAAAUGAGCCAACAUCGGUCGGACCGGGAACAUCCGUACCACUGCCUCCUCUAAGCCGCAUCGUUCAAACCACCGUGGAUGGAGCUUGGUUGACGCACACAUUCAAUUCCCCCGAAUGCGUGUUCCACGUGUUACCCGUCCAACGAAACGGUGUGAUCGUGAUUCUCACUGAUCGCACACUUUGGUGUCUGAGCAGCCCCACUCUCAGUGGGUGGGUUAUGGCAAAGGAACAUGAGCUACUG